AUGAAGUGCGGAAUUUUUACAAUUCUGCUCUUUAACCUUACAGUAAUACAAUCGAAGCGUUAUUUCGCAAAUUUCAAUAUUAAUCCCUCUAAUGCUAAGGAAAGCAGCUUCAACGCCUUGAUUAGACACGUUAUUGCAAGUUCUAUGGAAAAGAAAUGCGUAGUCAUUAUCUGCGACCAUAUUUACUACAAGAUGUUAGAUUGGGAAUACUUUACUGGAGCUCGCUCUCACUUUGCUCAUUUCAUAGUUAUUGUCGAAGAAUCCGAAGAUCUCCUGGCUCCUGCUGACGCCAGUCGAGAUGUACUGAAAGUCUCUUCGGAACAUGGAUGCGAAUUUUAUAUUAUUUUAAUUUCUAAUGCUAUUCAAUCGUCACGUUUAUUGAAGUACGGCGAAAGAUAUCGAACUGUAAAUACGCGUGCAAGAUUUUUGAUACUGCACGAUUAUCGGCUAUUUCAAAUGGAUCUUCACUAUUUAUGGGAGAAGAUCAUUAACGUCAUCUUUAUAAAGGAGUUAGUCAGGAAAAAAGGCCAAACAGAAGAGGAGGUUUUACUGUAUGAGCUAUCAACAGUACCCUUUCCAUUUCCUAUAAAAGCCAUAAUGGUUCCUAGACGCUUAGCUAUUUGGAGAGGCACGCCAUUGCAUUCAGAUAUUGAACUAUACAAAGACAAAACCAUCGAUUUAAAGAAUCAAACUCUACACAUUACGGUAUUUUCUCACUUACCAGCGAGUGUGAAGAAGAAGACAUGUCCUCUCAAAUCGCAUAGAGCGUCGUUGAGUACUCAUUCCAGAACUUUUCAAGGAAUCGAAAUUGAAAUCCUUGAAACACUGGCUGUAUCGAUGAAUUUUGUACCCCAAAUAUACGAACCGAAAGAUGUGGAUACCGAACUGUGGGGGGCGAAAGGGCCGGACGGAAAAUACACGGGGAUUCUCGGCGAAAUGGUGGCAAACCGGGCCGAUAUGGCUUUGGGCGAUCUACAAUAUACGCACUUCUUUCUUAAACUAAUGGAUUUAUCGGUACCGUACAAUACAGAGUGUUUAACGUUCCUAACACCGGAAUCGCUCACCACUAAUUCCUGGAAAACGUUAAUACUCCCUUUUAGAUUGCAACUGUGGCUAGCCAUCUUGUCCAGCUUAGGCUUAAUGGCCGGUUUCUUUCACGCUUUGUGCUAUUUUCACGAUAAAGUAAAUGAGCUGAAAUAUGAAGAGCUCCAAGCUCAGAAACUGGCGUUAAAAAAUGAGCUGGAUCAAGUGGCUGCGAGUAAAAGAUUCAACCCGAAGCAGACUUACGGCGAGCUAAAGAAACAAUAUCUUCUGCCAACGGUAGAAGGCGAACCCGUUGGAUUAUACCUUUUCAGAAAAAUCGGUAGCAGUAUUUUGUAUACGUAUGGAAUGCUCUUAGUCAUCGCACUACCAAAACUACCAACGGGAUGGUCAAUUCGUGUACUAACAGGCUGGUAUUGGAUCUACUGCAUUUUGAUUGUAGUCGCCUACAAGGCUAGCAUGACCGCGAUUCUGGCAAAGCCGGAGUCGAGGGUGACAAUCGAUACACUCCAGGAGUUGAUCAACAGCAAGCUCGCAGUGGGCGGUUGGGGCGAAGUAAAUGUGGAAUUUUUCAGGACCUCGCUCGACGUCCCCACCCAAAUCAUCGGAUCGAGAUUUGAAAAACUAAACGAUUCCGAUGAUGCCAUCGAUCGCGUAGUUGAGGGCAACUUCGCACUCUACGAAAACGAGUACUACCUUCAAAAUGCCGUGGUUAAAAAGCAGCUAAGAUAUCAGCAGGAGGAGGACGAGUUAAAAGGGAACAAGAGCUUACAAAUUCAGAAGAUACCGAAAGGAGAUCAUUACUUGCACAUUAUGAGCGAUUGCAUGAUACAUAUGCCGAUAUCCAUAGGGCUUAAGAAAAAUUCGCCUCUGAAAUAUCGCGUCGAUACGUUAGUAAGGCGAAUCUUUGAGGUGGGAUUGGUGAAGAAAUGGUUGGAUGAUAUCAUGCAACAGACUGCAAAUGAUGAGGUGCACUAUCAGGGUAGCGAGGCUGUUAAAGCGGUUAUGGAUAUGCAGAAGUUUAUGGGCGCACUCGUUGCGCUUGCUAUUGGGUAUUUUAUCAGUUUCAUUGUGCUUCUUUCAGAAAUUUUACACUUUGAAAUGAACAUUAAAAAACACCCAGAUUUUAAUAAGUACACAAAGCAAAUAAGUAAGAGUAAGUAA